AUGGGCUCUAUCGAUCAGUACUCCGUCCCGAAGGAGGCGCAGCGAGUUCUUGAAGAGGGCAUCUUGCAAAACCCCUUGAUGGCCAGCCUCCCUCAAGAAAUGAAGGACCUGAGUCAACAUGUGCGCUUCGAAGGCUCAAACGAGCCUCUCAUACCGAUCAACUGGAGAUUUGCGGAGAGCAUAUCAGCCGUCAAGGCCUUUGAGGCCACGAUGCUCAACUACCUCCUAUGUCGAAAGUACAAGAUUGACCCCGUGGAGAUUGUUAUCAAUACGAACCACGCGAGUCUCUUCUUCAUGUCCCCGUUGAUCGCAAAGCAUAUCAAAGAUGGGGUCCCCACACCGGUCAAUCUAUUCUCGCCAGAAUUGCAGAAGCUGUUCCCGAGCCAGGAUAAGCAUCGCGCCCACGCGAGCUUGCACCGAACCCUUGCCACCAAUAUUUACAAGACCAAAGAUGGUCGUUACUACCACAUACACGGGAAUUUGAACCCAGAACCCGCACUCACAGCCCUGGGACUACCACUGGAAGGCGAGGAAAAUGACACCUAUGAGUCGGUGGUUGAGAGGAUCCAAAAGGCUGUUUCUCAAUUCGAGUCCAAAGAACUCGACGAGCUCAUGAACGAUAAAUUUCGCACCUCAGGCACAGUCGCAUGGGACUCGGUUGAGUAUUUCGCCAGCGACCACGGCAAAGCAUCUGGCAAAGUCGGUUUAUACGAGAUCAUGAAAGACGAAAGUUCCGCCCAGCAACCCUCAUGGUGGCCAGAAAACGAAUCCUUGCCCUCCUCGCCUAAGAGACCACUGGCCGGCCUGAAGGUCGUCGAUCUAACCCGAAUCAUUGCCGGCCCUACCAUCACUCGUAGUCUUGCCGAGAUGGGCGCGAGCGUCAUGCGCGUCGUAUCUCCACACGUCACAGAUAUGUCUGGACUUUUCUUGGAUUUGAAUUGGGGCAAAUGGAACACUUUCUUGCAUUUGAAGGACGAGGCAGACAAGGAAAAACUGCGUGAUCUCAUUCGUGAUGCGGAUGUUGUUGUUGAUGGAUACCGACCUGGUGUCAUGGAUCGAAUGGGUUUUAGUCGACAGGAUAUUUAUGACUUGGUCAAGGAUCGGCCGCGUGGUAUUUUGCAUCUCCGAGAGAAUUGCUAUGGUUGGCAUGGACCUUGGAGUCAUCGAAGUGGGUGGCAGCAAAUCAGUGAUGCGUGCUGUGGUGUUUCGAGAUCAUACGCGCAAGCAAUGGGUCUCGAUGAGGCGGUGACUCCUGUGUUCCCUAAUUCAGAUUACUGCACGGGCGCAGCUGGCUGCACAGCUGUCCUGGAAGCACUCGUGCGACGAGCGAAGAGUGGAGGCAGUUACGGCAUUGAUGUAUCGCUCAACUACUACUCACAGUGGCUUGUCCGCUCCUGCGGUACCUACGACAACGACACCUGGAAAGAGCUAUGGUCAAGACACGGCAAUCUGACUUUCCAUCAUUACCACGCGAUGGGGCAUCAGACUCCAGCAAUGCUAAAUAGCCUUUACGAGCAUGACCGGGAAACCUUGUUCAACCUCAAAUUCUUCGAAACUAGAAACUCGGAGUCUGUGAAUGCCCAGUUCGUCCGGGUCAAGCCGAUUGCCCAGUUCCCGGACAAGGAGGUGGAGCUGAAGUACAAUGUUGGGACUCGUGGGAAUGGCGUUGAUCAGCCUGUGUGGCCGAAGGACCUUACAGUUGAGACAGUUACCGGGCCGAACUAG